ACACUAUCAUUAGUUCAGUUCCUCUCCAUCGUCGCACAACGAGGUUUGUAUGCCGUCAGAGCCUUGGCGGUCAUCUGAAGUAAACAAGUGCCUUUCGCGUAGAAGCACUGCCAGCUAAUUUUAUGAUGAGUUUUCAUUUUUGACAACGGCGACGACAACUUCCAGAUACCCAAUUUGUUUGUCAUCGUUUUUGCGCUAGGGUUUGAAUUAUCUUAUCAGUGCAAUAGCUGGAGGAAAUCGAGGCGCGGUUAGAAGUCUGCUUGAAGGUCCUUGCAGUUACAUAUGGAAGCAAUGAUGAACUUCACUAGCCAAUAUACAGUGGAAGAAGCGUUAGCUAUCGAAAACGAGUUCAGUAGAUUGAAAGAAAAAUGCUACCUGGACCACGCCGGAACGACUCUGUACGCGGACUCGCAAAUCCGAUCGGUUUGCGAAGGUCUAGCUCAAAAUCUGUACUGCAACCCGCACACGAGCAGAACGACGGAAGACCUGCUGGAUCAGGUUCGCUAUCGGGUGUUGCGUCACUUCAACACCCGAUCAUCGGAGUAUAGCUUGAUCUUCACGUCCGGCACCACGGCCAGUUUGAAGCUGCUGGCCGAGAGCUUCGAGUUUGCACCCGAGGGAGCAUUCGUCUACUUGAAGGAUAGUCACACGUCGGUCUUGGGCAUGCGAGAAAUCGUAGGGACUGAGAGAAUCUAUCCAGUUGAAAGAGAACAGUUGCUGAAGGAGCUUGAUUCGAGUGAACGGUCCGACAAUGAGCAUUCCUCACUGAUAGUCUUCCCAGCGCAGUGUAACUUCAACGGCGUGAAGUACCCCUUGGAGUUGGUACGGAAGAUUCAACGGGACGGUAUAUCCGGAUAUGGCAAGGAGCGUUUCCGAGUAUGUUUGGAUGCGGCAAGUUUCGUGUCGACGAGCUUUCUGGACCUGUCCAAGUAUCAACCGGACUUUGUUUGUCUUUCGUUCUACAAAAUCUUCGGAUAUCCAACGGGUCUGGGAGCUUUAUUAGUACACCACACCGCGGCAGAUCAAUUGCGCAAGAAAUACUAUGGCGGCGGAACAGUGAAGAUCGCUAUGGCCGGUAGGAACUUCCACGUUAAACGCGAUCAUCUUGUGGAACGCUUCGAGGAUGGAACGCUCGCUUUCACGUCAAUUAUUGCGCUAUUACAGGGAUUCGAAACUCUUGAACGAUUGGUUCCUUCCACCGCUGGACUUCGAACCAUCGAGCGAAUAUCUCAGCAAACGUUCCACCUAGGAAGAUACUGCUACCAGCGAUUGAAGGCCCUUAAACAUUCCAACGGAAACACGGUUGUGAAACUCUACCACGAUACGGGCUUUGAAGACCAGGGUCUUCAAGGUGGGAUCGUGAACUUCAACCUUCUGCACGAAGACGGAACCUACGUGGGGUUCGCCGAAGUCUCCUACAUGGCAAGCCUUCACAACAUCCUUCUGCGAACCGGCUGUUUCUGCAAUCCGGGUGCUUGCCAAAGACACCUCCAGCUAUCGGACGAAGACGUCCUCAAACAGUUCGACGCCGGGCAUGUCUGCGGGGACGCAAACGAUCUCAUCGACGGUCAACCCACCGGAUCCGUCCGGAUCUCUUUUGGCUACAUGACCCGCAAAGGGGACAUCGACUGCCUGAUUGAAAUGAUCGAAAAGUGCUACAUUAGGAAAACCUUAACGAACGGCUUCACGCGAACGCAGAUCGUUUCCAAGUACAAAUCGCACGACCAACCUCGCCUCAAAAUGAUCUGCCUUUUUCCGAUCAAGUCCUGCGGGGCUUUCAAAGUGACCACACGAUGGCCGCUCAGUCGUCGAGGGCUCAAGCACGAUCGUGAGUUCGUCAUCGUCGAUGAAAACGGAGUUGCCUUAACACAGAAGAAGCUUACGGAGAUGUGCCUCAUUCGACCACAGAUCAACCUCAAAACCAACGAAAUGACCCUUUCCCACCCCAGCAUGGCUGAUUUCGUCCUGGAGUUGGACCUCCUCGGAGAAUCGCAGCGAAUUAAGCUCUGCCAAACCAAAGUCUGCCAGGACAACGUCCAAGUGAUCGAUUGCGGCGAUCAGGUUGCCGAGUGGAUCAGCGUAGCGCUGCAGACUUCGGGUCUACGAUUAUUGAAACAAUCAGACGAAGAAGUGCGAACGUUUCAACAAUCGAAACAGGAAAUUGCUCUCGCUAACCAGGCACAGUUCUUGCUCAUCAACCAGGCGUCCGUGCGCUGGUUGGCCGAUAAGGUGCCGGAUUGGGACGAACUGCACGAGGAACCGACACUGGAAUCGCUGGUCGAUCGUUUCCGAGGGAAUUUGAUCGUCGAAACGCCAGUGUCCAUGGAGGAAUGCGACUGGAAGCGAGUGACCAUAGGCUACCUGGAGUUUGCAGUCGAUGGACCGUGCUCUCGGUGUCAAAUGAUCUGCAUCGAUCAGGGAACUGGGGUGAAGACGACCGAACCGCUGCGGACGAUUGGUCGGGAGUUCAAAGGUAAGAUGCGAUUUGGGAUCUACCUGUCGCACGUGAACCCCCUCAGGGACGGUUCGGAACAAUGGCUGUAUUGUAACAGCGUGAUCGAGGGACGAAGUGAAUAGCAUUGGUUUUUAUUCUGAA